AUGGGCUCGCCAACACCCAAACCUCUAGACAUCCGGGCUCGACGUAGCCCUUCUACCACAUCUGCCGCAGCCUCUCCCAAUCUCUCUACGCACUCCAGACAUGCCUCGAUGGCCCGGCUCUCCUCUCCUGUCCCGUCUCAUCGUCUCAAUACUCCGCCAGUUGGCCAGGUUCCGACCCCCCAGCAGAUGGCUGCCGACAAGCUUGACAACGCUUUGCCCAAGCUCGACAAUGCCGGCUCGUUUCCUGGUCCCGGACAGUCUGCACUCUCGACCGCACUAGCGUCUUCUCUUCAAACACCUCCUCGCAUUCAGACACCCCACAUUGACGAGCAACCUCCGAGACCAUCUGGAUCUGGCGCGGCCGCGGCGUCGGGCAGCCAUGACCGAGUACCGAGAAGUAAUUAUGGUUCGUUCAUCGACGGAAGGGAUAUGGCUGGGAGCCCGGCUCCGACCGAAAAUGCAGAAGUGGUGAAGAGGCAUCUUGUGCAGCCAGAUCAAGGUUCGAACAGGUACAAGGGCUCUCUACGUUUGGAUCUGAAUGAGCCGGGAGCGGGCUUGGACGAGGAAGAAUUCUCUAGUCUGCGGCUACAAGGUGGCGAUAUUACACGGGCGGUCUACCGAUGGGCUGAAGAACAAGAAGACAGUCAACUUGGUCGUGGAAAGAGGAGCAAGAGUUUCAGCUACGCCAGGCCGGAGCCCGAGAGUGAAAUAUUGGAUAUUCAAAAUAUCAAAGUACCCGGCGGGUUCCGCAGACACUUUCUCCGCCAGGCGGCCGAGAGCCCUGAGUCUUCAAAUCGGGUCAUGGACGUUGACGGUUCGGCGGACGAUCGGGGCAGAACCCAAGCAAAUGGGAAAUCCAAGGCCAAACCCCAGCUAUUUACCAACAACUUUCUCGAAUUUCUCACCCUGUAUGGACAUUUCGCCGGUGAAGAACUCGAGGAGGACGACGAAGUAUUGGAACCUGACGAAUACUUUUCUUCUGAUGCUUGGGAGGAGGGCAGCGAUCGAGAACCUGGCGAGGACAGCGCUUUGCUUACCCCUGGAACCCCUGGCCGGCGGAGGAGGAAACAUAAAGAACGAAAGACAGGAGGCACCAACAGCAGCUUCAACGCUGCAUUGCUCCUGUUGAAGUCCUUCGUCGGCACAGGAGUUCUCUUCCUUCCCCGAGCCUUUCUCAAUGGUGGCAUGUUAUUCUCGUCCCUAGUCUUGCUGGGAGUUGCACUCCUCAGCUUUCACUGUUUCAUUCUUCUGGUCAACACGCGCAACGUUGUUGAAGCGUCUUUUGGCGACAUCGGAGGUGUGUUGUAUGGCAAAUGGAUGAGAGCGUUGAUUUUGUUUUCUAUUGUCAUCAGUCAGCUCGGCUUUGUGUCGGCCUACACGGUCUUCACGUCUGAAAACUUGCAGGCUUUUGUCCUGGCAGUCUCGAAGUGCAAAAGCUUCAUCGACAUCAAGUUCAUGAUCCUCAUGCAACUGAUCAUCUUCCUCCCCUUCAGCUUGAUUCGGGAGAUUGGCAAGCUCGGCUUCACAGCUCUCAUCGCCGACGCAUUUAUUCUGCUGGGACUGGUUUACUUGUAUUACUACGACAUUGCAACCAUUGUCUUCAACCGCGGCGUCUCCGACAUCACCCAGUUCAAUCCUUCCACCUGGACCCUGUUUAUCGGGACAGCGAUCUUCACCUUUGAAGGGGUUGGGCUCAUCAUCCCGAUCCAGGAAUCGAUGAAGAAGCCGCACAAGUUCCCCGAAGUUCUUGGGAUCGUCAUGGUCAUCAUCACGGUCCUCUUCACCUCGAUCGGCGCGCUGUCGUAUGCUGCGUACGGAUCAAAGACCAAGACGGUCGUCAUCCUCAACCUGCCUCAGGACAGCAAGAUGGUGAACGUGGUGCAGUUCCUGUACUCGCUCGCCAUCCUGCUCAGCACGCCGCUCCAGCUCUUCCCGGCCAUCCGUAUCAUGGAAAACGAGCUGUUCACGCGGUCGGGCAAGUACAAUCCGUACAUCAAGUGGCAGAAGAACAUUUUCCGCUUCUUCCUCGUCUGCGUCUGCUCGCUGGUCGCCUGGGGCGGGGCGGGCGACUUGGACAAAUUCGUCGCGCUCGUCGGCAGCUUUGCCUGCAUCCCGCUCGUCUACAUAUACCCUCCCAUGCUCCAUCUGAAGGCCGUGGCCAAGCGCCCGUGGCAACGGGGGCUGGAUUACGCCGUUUGCAUUUUCGGGGUUGCCGGCUGCGUCUAUACCACUGUACUCACCGUACAGCAGUGGGCAGGUGGUGGGGGUUCAGCCAAAACACCCGGGUAUUGUGAUUCUUGA